AGACAGCGACGCUGCUUCUGGAACUCUUCCUCCGUAAAGUUUCUGGUAGAGUUGUGUGGGGAGAGACCGAGCUUUAAAAUGUACAUUUUACUACCUUACACUGGGUUGUCACUCUGUACAUGUGUCACUGGACAAUAGCGAAUAGAAGUGUGUAUCAGUGUGGGCUUCUGUAACCAGACUUUGUGUGUGUGUGUGUGUGUGUGUGUAUGUAUGGGUGUGUGUGUGUGUGUGUGUGUGUGUGUGUGUGUGGGUGUGUGUGUGUGCGUUUCAGACCUGGACAAGCCCGUCCUCACAGUGCACCAGACCCUGAGUGAUGUCCGUGGGACGUACUACCAGGAGAAGACCGUGUUCCUGCGCUGCACGGUCAACUCCAACCCUCCAGUGCGGUUCAUCUGGAAACGAGGGAACCAGCUCAUCGAGCAGAGCAAGGACAACGGAGUGGACAUCUAUGAGCCCCUAUACACACAGGGGGAGACGAAGGUUCUGAAGCUGAAGAACUUGAGGCCACAGGACUUUGCCAACUACACGUGUGAAGUAUCCGUGCGAAAAGUGUGCGACAUCCCUGACAGCUCCGUCACCUUUCUGCUCACCACUACCACCUCCCCGCCCGCCCUGCGGCUGUCCGUUAACGAGACGCUGGUGGUGGACCCGGGGCGAGACGUGACCCUGUCCUGCGAGGUGACGGCUGGCAACCCCGCCCCCACGGUGUCCUGGUCCCGCUACCCCGGGCCCAUGCCCCCCCGAGCCCAAAUCCGGGGGGGGUCCCUGACGCUGCGCUCCGUCGCCCCCGCCGACUCUGGCUACUACAACUGCACCGCCGUCAACAGCGUGGGCAACCCCGCCAAGCGCACCGUCAACCUGAUCGUCAGAGCCAUGAGGAACCUGACCUUCCAGAUCACGCCGGACCUGAACAAGGACAGCGAGACCAUCCAGAUCGGGCGCGACCUCAAGCUGUCCUGCCACGUGGACGCCCAGCCCCAGGACAAGGUCAACUACACCUGGUACAAGAACGCGGCGCCCGUCGUGCCCUCCGACAGCCUGCUGGUCCUGCGCAGCGACCCCGACAUGGCGCCCGGCACCAGCAGCCUGGAGAUCGUGGACAUGAAGUUCCGCGACCAGGCCACCUACAGCUGCGUGGCCAGCUUCCCCGGCAGCGCCGUGCCGGAGCUCCGGGUCGACGUCAACAUCACCCAGAGCAGCGUCAUUCCUCCGGUGCUGACGGUGCCCACCGGUGGCGGAACGGUGACGGUGCGGGAGGGAUCGUGGGCGGAGCUCGUGUGCCUCGUGGACGGCAAGCCCCGCCCCCCCGUCCUCUGGUCCCGCGCGGACAAGGACCUGCCGAUGCCGUCCGGCGACUGGGCGGUGGAGACCAGGGACGGGCGCCUGCGACUGAACAACGUGACGCGGGACCUGGCGGGGACCUACCGCUGCCAGACGGCGCAGUACAACGGGCUCAACAUCAAGCGCAGGGAGGCCCAAGUCCAGCUCAUCGUGCAGUACGCCCCCAUCGUGGACCCGCCGUCGCUGGACGUGCGGUCGCCGAGCAACCUGCCGGUGACGCUGCGAUGCGCGGUGCUGAAGUCGAACCCGCAGCGCGUGGCCCGCGUGUCCUGGCUGGUGAACGGGCGGGCGCUGCGCCCCGAGGCGCUCGGCACGCAGGACCCGCCGCAGCUGCGCAUCGAGAACCUGCGUCCCGGCAACAACGGCACCUACGAGUGCAGCAUCAACAACGGCGUGGGGAGCUCCUCCUGCAUCUUUAACGUGUCCGCUCGGCCUUACAACCCAGAGUUCUACUACGAUACGCCCAACCCCAUACGCGUCCAAAAGGACAACAACUACUCCUACAACCUGCAGUGGACGCAGAAGGAGCCGACCGCGGUGGACCGGAUUGUCGGCUACUGGAUUAACUGCCAGGUGGGCGAUAUGAACACAACAACUGACACAUCCGGGCGGGGCAUCUCUCUGACGAAGACAAAGCGGUACUACAUGUACAUCGAGGCCUCCCGGCCCAGGCAGCCACUGGACACCGCACGUCUGCUGUCCCCGCUCUACAACGUCACCUCCAAGGGCCCCAAGGGCUCUAACCGCAUGCCCUACUGCAUCUCCUUCUACUACCACAUGCGUGGGAAGCACAUCGGUUCGCUGAACGUUUUUUUGCGAGUGAAGAGCAUCGCCAUGAUGGAGACGCCGGUCUGGGCCAUCUCGGGGAACCAGGGCCCCCAGUGGAAAAUGGCCAGAGUUCCAGUCACUCCCAUUGGUCCAUUCCAGGUGGUGUUUGAGGGUGUGCGGGGAGCCGGGUACGAGGGCGACAUCGCCAUCGACGACGUCUCCGUCACCAAGGGCGUGUGCAAGCAGGAAAAAUCCAUCUCCAACCAAGUGCUGUCCGGAGGGCCCACUGUGCAGCUGGACACCUUGCUGGUCUGCGUGCUCCUCUGCCUGCAGCUGUUCCACAGAUGAUGAGCACACACAGCGCCCCCUGUCUACGGAGGCAGGCACUGCCCAGAAAACGCUCUCGCGCUCGCUCUCUUUCUCUCUCUCUCUUACUACCCGCUAAACCCCCUUAGCCUCAUCCCUCUCUUUCUCUCACUUUGGAGAAGUGUAUGAAAUACCGAUUCCUCCUCCUCCACUCUGCCCCCCCCCCCCUGUUUGUGGUAGUCCUUCAUAGACCCUGCAUCCAUCACCCUCCCUGUUAUCCUAUCCAUCCUGUUUCUCCGCUGCUCGCCUUGUCUGUCAAAUCCUUUUGUCACCCAAUGUCACUUUCCUUCGAUUCUCAUACUCCCAGACUAUCUCUUCCCAACAUCCUCAACCGUCUCCCUCUCACACUGUCAUAACUCACACACACACACACACACACACACCUCACACACACACACGCACACACACACACGCACACACACACACACACACACACACUC